CCAUAGCCCGUGUCGGUCCGGGCAAUAGGAAAAAAACAGAGCGGCGCCUACCCCAAACACGUGAAAUCUCCUCUUCAUCAACCCAUUUCUCUCUCUCGCUCACACAGGAAGGAGGAUUACAGACAUGGAGCAAAUCAUCGUCAGGGGAAUUUGACGUCGCCACUCUCUGCUUCGUCUCCUCCAUCUCUAAACCCUAGCGAGUUUUACGCUUCCAAUCAAUACCUUUUUUUGUACCAGGAAUCUGAAGAGGAAUCAAUGGAAAAGGGGGAUAUUCAAGAGAAAUUUCAAAAGAGAUCACUACCGUUGCUGGAGUUUGUUGGUUGAGGUUGCUAGAUGAAUGCUAUGUGAAGUGAAGUGGAGGAAUCUUUAAGGUCCAAACAAUUGUUAAACUAUUUGUAAUAGGUAAAUCUAUGGACAGGGAAUUGGGAGAUGCAUCGCGUGGCCCAACACAAAGAAUGGAUGCCAGGAUCGUAAGCAACAAAAAUAAGUUACCCAAAAAUUACUUAGUUGCUACGGCCUCUGAGCACUUCACGGCGAAGGCUUUGAAGUGCAUUAAAUCAGUUAAUAAAUGUUUACGAACUAGCGGAGCUGUGAAUAAUGUGGCUAUGUUUUUCAUUACGACGGCGGCGCUAGAAGUUCUGAGGAGAUUUUCAAAGUCAAAGUGUCCUUUCAUUUGGAAUAGUCUUCAGGCAUUACAAGCUUUAUGCUAUCCGCCGUUUAAGUGGAUGCAGAGAUGGAUUCCUUUCAAGCCUCUAGCCAAAGGAAUGCAGAAAAUCUCUGGACCAAUGUUAUUUCUUUCAGUAGCAACUCUUUUCUCUGAUGACUCUUCACCAAAUCAAGAUGCAUUGUGGAAUCCUAAUGUUUCUCAAACACCUGAAUCUCAGUUGCAGCAUGCAACUCACAACUCUUCAGAGGCAAGCAUUCAUCACAACGGACCAGAUAAUCGCCUUUCUGAGAGUUGGUUGCUUGACCUCCAUAAUCAGCUCCGAAUGGAAGACAUUACUCUACCUCAAAGGCUCAAUGAUGAUUACCUUCACCGCUUUUAUGCGUCUACUAAAUAUGAUUACCAAAGGACAUUGUCAUUGGUCAAGAAGACAAUUCAAUGGAGGCAGAGCUACAAUUUUCUAUCAUCACAAGAGCUAAAUGCAUGGUCUAAUUUGGUCUUUUGGCAUGGAUAUGAUUCGAAGAAACUUCCUUGUCUCAUCAUUCGCCUUGGACUUGCUUGUUCCAACCUCAAGUCCAGUGAUAGGGAUCUUUUUGCAAAAGUUAUUGUUUCACAGAUAGAACAUGGAAUUGUGAGCUUUGUUGAUAUGGAGCAUCCUCAGAUUGUGGUGUUGAUGGAUUGUGAUGGACUGUCACCUCUUGGGUUCCCUCUCCAGAUGAUGAGAUCUUGUGCCACCCUUCUCCAAGACCAUUACCCUAACCAUCUUUAUCUACUAAUGCUCAUACGCAUCCCUCGAGUUGCCCAUGUGGUAAUGCGAACAUUUCUCCAGGUUUUGAGACCAGCCACGAGGAAGAAAGUGGAGAUCAUAGGAAGGAACUACGAGGAGUAUCUCUCAAAGAAGCUGGAGCAGGUCCCUUCUUUCCUUGGCGGGAAUUGCCCGUGCUCAAAAUGUUCCCCUCCCGAGAAUGCAGAUGUUGCAGUCCAAGAAAUCCAGUCGACAGGCUCUCCCGCUUCCCAUAGCUCGAAUGACGAAAAUGCCCCUGAACUUCAGGCUCAUACCGUCUCUUACGUAAGUCCUAGGUGUUAUCCUCUGAGAAAGGAACCCCUUAUAAAGAUCAUCAUCACAGGUGUAGUUAUGCUUUGGAUCUUAGUUGCCAUCAUUUUGGGAACUCAAUAUUCAGAAGGUUAGGUUCCUUCUUUUGUGUCAAAUGGAGAAUCCUUAUUAGGGUUUUCCAUAUAUUCUUCUUGUAAUGAUUAACAACAUAUUGACAUUUCUAUAACCACUUAUUAGAAUUUAGAAUUGAUAAAGUGCUAAUGUGCUAUGUGAGGAAGAGGGGCUAUUAUUGUAAACUUUCCACUAAUUCCAUCUAUCUUUAGCCAAAACAUUACGGAGUACUACUUAUGUUUUAAAAAAAGGAAGGGUGCAGUUCUUUAGACACUAGUUAUUGGUGUCAUAACAUGACACUGAGCCUCUUGAUGGGCGAUGGCCAUAUGGUGUUUCACUGGGUUCUAGAUAAGUGCACCAACUCAUCUCCACCACCAUCUCUCCAAACAGACACCAUCCAUCAACCAAUCUUCGUUCGGCGCCGGCGAAGGGGCAACGACGACUUGGCGCGGCGGAUCUCGAUCGAACUCGGCAGUGGCGCAGCGGUGGAGGAUGGAGCAAUUCCCUCUCAAACCCCUGCCCGUUGAACUCCACUGCCAGAAGCCAGGCUUGAGAUGAAGAAGGUAAUAUUUGGGUUUGCUCUGGAUAAAGAAAGCCUGCAAACAUUAACAAACCUCUGCAAUGAGGUGUAAUAGCAUCAACAUACAUCUCUCUUGCUGCCACGGCAAGCUUCAACUAGGGGGCAUUUCUGGUCUAUUCUGAAACACACGAGUAGAGUAGAAAGGUAAAUAUGUAUAUUGCACCUAGCAAUACACCAAUGCUCUUUAUUCUGGGGUUGAUAUCACAUUACACACACAUAGCUCACUAACUCCAAAAAUUAAUUUCCCAUCAUAAAUCAAUUUGUUUAAACACAAAACUAAAUAGCAAUUUCCAUCAAGUAAUAACAUGAUCUGCAAAAACUUCUAAAUCAUUGAGACCUAACAUGUUAUUCAUGCAAGAACAUGACCCUUCCUUUUUCAUUAGUUUACAAAUGAACCUAAACAUACACAAAAUAUAAAGCUCCAAACAUUUUAACGACCAAACAAUUUCACUAAAUUAAACUAAUCAUUUCUAUCAAUAAACCAUUCCAUUUCAAUAGACUCUCAAGUGUUGGAAUUUGAAAAGGAUGAACACUGCAAAGCAGUGUUAAAAGAAGAACUCGAUAGUAUAACGAAUCACGUACGAAACGCUUUCAGAUCAAAGUUAUUUCGGGGUAUACGAAAUACUUCAAUCGGAUAAGACGUUAAAUUAGAACAAGCACUCGAAAAUCGUCUACCAAUCCAUACCACGAGACUCUAAUUUAUGGAGUCUAAAAUUUCCAUGAUCGGACAUGAACCUUCGCGUAAACAUUUCGCGCGGAGAAGAAGAUAGGUGCGAGUUUAAACGAGGAGCUUCCUGCGGUUUUGGGGUAUUUUAACGUUUAUCCGCCCGGGGCUGCCGCCCCUUGGACCCCGCUAACUGGGGGCUGCCGCCCCCGGACCCCCGCUAUCCCGGGGCUGCCGCCCCCGGACCCUCGCCAUGAAUUUAUAAUAUCGUUGAACGAGCACGUACUCUGCGCCUCCUAACUCGUUUGACAACGUCUAUUUAAAUUCUUGUCCGAUCGAAGUAAAUCCAAUUACACAAAAUAAACCGAUGACACUAAA